AUGGAGAUGUUCCAGAAACUCAUUUUACUUCUUCUCAUCUUAACUGCAUCACUACCAGGUCUUGGCUUUUGUUACUCCAUUACCAAAGGCCCUGCUAAUGCCACAGUCCUUGCUGGCUCAGAAGCUCGAUUUAACUGCACGGUGUCAGCAGGAUGGAUGAUUCUCAUUUGGCUGUCCAAAGGAAGCCCUGUCCUCAGCAUCAUCAAUUCUCAGGGAUCUGUGGAAACAUCAGAUCGCUUCACCUGUCAGAAUUAUACCAGUGGCAAUGAGUUUACCUCAGAGCUGAUCAUCCACAACACCCAGCUGAGUGACUCUGGAAUAAUUGAAUGCAACAUCCAGCAACCUAGUGAGAACAACUUUGCGUUUCUUUCUGUUCAAGUUAAUGGAACUUUAUUCAUCACAAAUAGCACCUUAACAGUAAAAGAGAACAAAACAGUUGACAUUGUUUGUGAAGCCUUAGGAUGGGCUCCAGCUCCAGACAUUACCUGGAUGGCAAAUGACUCUUUCAUUGAUAAGUCGAGGUAUGUUAACCAGCAAAGUCAAGGAUCUAAUGGUCUCCACAAUGCCCUGAGCAUCCUAACUUUGACUCCAACGGACACUGAGGUUUUGACUUGCUUAGCUGACAUAGAAGCACUCCCUAACCCUCAGAAAGCAACUGUAACUCUUAUUUUUGACAACUCCACUACAGAAAAUUCUUACAGUAAUGACAACGGGAACACGUGGACUAUUGUACUUGCAGUUGUGCUCUCAUUUGUUGGUAUUGUUCUUCUGAUCACUAUUAUUGUGCUUGUUGUACGCUGCUACUGCCUAAAGGAGAGAGAAUCUACAUAUCAAAAUGAAAUCAGGUAA